UUCUGCCUCGUCCUACUUUUUAUAUUCUCUAACCUUCAUAAUAUUGUGACUACACACCAAAUAUCUGGAAGUUUGAGGUUUGAGGGGAAAUGUACAAACAAAUUCAAGUUAAAGAUGGUCCAGAAAAAGACAAUCACAGCUGCGUCAUUGGUCCCCGAGGGCCAGCCCAUUGCCACACAGGCAGUGACCAAGGACUUUGCCACGGGUUCGGAGACACAGACCUUGUACUUCCAUCUCGACAAUGGGUGUGUGGAUUUGUGCAAAUUGCCUGGGUAUACAUGGCCAUGGUAACGACCAUCGAGACCAACGCCAUGUUCUACGUUCCCGGACACAAGUGCGUCUUUGAGACGCACAACGGGCACAGCCUCAAGGUCCGCAAGGACAGCGAUGAGUACGAAUGCAAGGGCAUUUCGGUAGCCUGGGACGCGGAGCACCGCGAUUUGAAGGUCAAGUAUACGGCCGGCAAGCAGCGCAACGCCAAAGGAUUUAUGCGGAAGGGUGAUGGGUACAAGAUUGGCGACGGCAAGAAUCAUAUUGGGGAAGGCACAGCGGAGCACUACUUUUACCCUACUGGAGAUAUCAAGGUUGAGGGCGAGAUUAAUGGGGAGGCGUUCCAGUCGCAAGGUGUGUGGAACACGGUGUUCUUUGCUGGCAAGCGCGAGGACGCCCCAGCGGAGGCUAGCGAAAGGGAUACCUUCCAUAUUCUCCAGUACGAGACGCCUGCGAGCUUUGGCAGUGCCUGCUGCUCCAACGCCGGUCUGACUGAAGCCGGCAACCUCAAGGCGGUUUUCUGGGAUACCACUGUGGAGCACAUGGACAUGGUCAAGGACGAGAAUGGCAGUGGGUACUCGGUCCCCAAGCGGAUACUGUUUACUUCCAAGGGAAAGACCACAGAUGGCAAGCCAGUUACAGUUACAUUUGAUGCCCAGCCUAAAACACGCCUUCACGAUAUUGACGUGCUCCAUGAGAUGCCGUAUGUUGUGCGCCGUCUGGUGCAGGCCCUGAUUACCAAGCCGAUUACCGUUGCCAUAGAAGGUGAGCAGCCCUACGACUUAGUCGGUGUCGCCUUCAACGAGCUGACGCUGAUGAAGUAGAAAAAACCACCAAUUCAAAAACACACACACACACAGCACAACUCUCAGCGAAAGUCAGUCCAACAUUGCUGGUUGUGCGUCUUCCCUUGCUCUUUUUCUCUAAUUUUUCACUCUAAUUUUUCAAUAUCUUUUUUUGUUUCAAACCCAGU